CAAACAGCCAAAGCGCGCCUUGCCGGCAUUUUGAGUGAACGAACAAAGAGACGUUUUAUCUGCACGAAAGAGAAAACACUGGAAAUAAACCAUCAUGUCUGACGCAGAAAGCGCUGACGAGUCCGCACCUAUACUACCGCAAAUGAUUAUGCCAACUCCAGCUGCUCCAAUUCUUCUGAAAAGCCCUCCUAAAGCAGCCCCAGGAGAAAAAGCUGAAUAUGAAGAAAAACUGGAAAGAGAUCGUUCCAAUAGGUUUGACUACCUGUUGCAGCAGACUGAGAUCUUCACUCACUUUGUGAGUAGUACUGCCACUGGCAAAGUUCCAACGAGUCCACUCAAAAUGAAACCUGGUAGACCAAAGACUAAGAAAGAUGAAAAGGCGAAGCUUUCUGCAGUUGGGGACCACCGCCAUCGAAUGACUGAGCAGGAGGAAGACGAAGAGCUCCAUGAGCAGAAGAAGUUGACGCAAGUUGUGACCCGUUUUGAGGAGUCGCCGUCUUACAUUAAAUGGGGAGAAAUGAGAGAUUACCAAGUACGAGGGUUGAACUGGAUGAUAUCGCUCUAUGAACAUGGUAUUAAUGGUAUCCUGGCUGACGAGAUGGGUUUGGGUAAAACGUUGCAGACCAUCUCAUUAAUUGGCUACAUGAAGCAUUACAGAAAUAUUCCCAGUCCACAUAUUGUGAUAUGUCCCAAGUCAACAUUAUCCAAUUGGAUGGCUGAAUUCAAAAAAUGGUGCCCUAGUGUCAGAGCAGUGUGUUUAAUAGGAGACCAAGAUAAAAGGGCUGCAUUUAUACGUGAUGUCAUGUUGCCGGGCGAGUGGGAUGUCUGCGUUACUUCCUAUGAAAUGAUUAUACGAGAGAAGUCAGUCUUUAAGAAAUUUAACUGGAGGUAUCUGGUUAUUGAUGAAGCUCAUCGUAUAAAGAAUGAAAAAUCUAAGCUGUCUGAGAUUGUGAGAGAAUUUCGUUCCACAAAUCGUUUGCUGUUGACUGGUACACCCCUGCAAAACAACCUUCACGAGUUAUGGGCAUUGCUGAAUUUCCUCUUACCCGAUGUGUUCAACUCAUCUAAUGACUUUGAUGCUUGGUUUAAUUCUAACUGUCUGGACAAUAAGGAGCUUGUCACAAGGUUACAUAGUGAUCGUGCCCAUCGUAUUGGUCAGAAGAAACAGGUACACGUGUUCCGUUUUAUCACAGAGAACACUGUAGAGGAACGUAUUGUGGAGAGAGCAGAGAUGAAACUUAGACUAGAUAAUAUUGUCAUACAGCAGGGUCGAUUAGUAGACUCAAAUGUAAAAGUUGGUAAAGAUGAGAUACUGAAUAUGAUACGACAUGGUGCUGACUAUGUGUUUGCAUCCAAGGAUAGUACCAUUAAUGAUGAAGAUAUUGACAAUAUAUUGCAGUCUUCAGAAAAAAAAACCGAAGAAAUACAGAAGAAAUUGAGUCAGUUUGGUGAGAGUCAGCUGAGGAACUUUAGUCUUGAGAAUCAACCGGAGAGCAUAUUCCAUUUUGAAGGCGAGGACUACAAAGGGAAACAGAAGCAAACUGGUAUUGGUCACUGGAUUGAACCUCCUAAAAGAGAACGCAAAGCUAACUAUGCCGUGGAUGCCUACUUCAGAGAAGCCCUUCGUGUUAGUGAACCCAAAGCACCCAAGGCACCUCGACCACCAAAGCAACCAAAUGUUCAAGAUUUCCAGUUUUUUCCACCAAGGCUCUUUGAAUUGUUGGACAAAGAAAUCUUGUUUUACAGGAAAGGCAUUGGAUACAAGGUUCCAUUGAAUCCUGAGUUGCCCAAUGCUGCUGUCGCCCGUAAAGAGGAACAGAAGAGAAUUGAUGAGGCUGAACCGUUACCAGAAGAGGAAAUCGAGGAGAAAGAAAAGUUAUUGCAGCAGGGUUUCACAAACUGGAGUAAGAGAGAUUUCAACCAGUUUAUCAGAGCUAAUGAAAAGUAUGGUCGAGAUGAUAUUGAAAGCAUUGCCAGAGAAGUGGAAGGAAAGAACCCUGAUGAGGUUAUUGAAUAUUCAGGCGUGUUUUGGGAGAGAUGUAAUGAAUUACAAGACAUUGAACGUAUUAUGGCACAGAUUGAGAGAGGUGAAACAAAGAUACAAAGGAAAGUUAGCAUAAAGAAAGCAUUAGAUGCCAAGAUGGCUCGUUAUAGGGCACCAUUCCACCAACUACGUAUUGCUUAUGGUACUAAUAAAGGUAAAAACUGGACGGAAGAAGAAGAUAGAUUUUUAGUCUGUAUGUUACAUAAAUUGGGUUUUGACAAAGAGAAUGUGUAUGAUGAGUUACGUACAUCCUGCAGACAAGCUCCACAAUUCAGAUUUGAUUGGUUUCUCAAGUCUCGUACUGCCAUGGAAUUGCAACGUCGUUGUAACACACUUAUUACAUUGAUUGAACGCGAGAAUCAAGAACUGGAGGAAAAGGAAAAAGCUGAGAAAAAGAAACGUGGUAGGGCAAGUGGAACGCCAAAAAUCAAGACUGAAAAGAAACAAGAAAAAAGAAAAGCCGAUGGCACUCCAGAUGGACGAGGAAGACCAAAGAAAAAGAAAAAUUAAAUAAAUUUAUGAAUAUUUAUAUGCCAGGAAAAUACUUUUUUAAAAGAUGUAGCAUUUUUGUACUUUAAAAGAAUAACAGAAAUGAAGGGGUUAUCGUGAUUAAUUCAAGUCUGGAAUUGUCUUCAAACUUACUAAUGAAGACGUUUCUGUCAGUUUUAGAAUUGUUACUGUCAACUGUAGUGGUUUAACGCAGGCAAGUUACUGUCCGAUAAUGGUGAUAAUAAAUGUCUGAUUUGGAGGAGAAUGCAUGGUAAAUGAUGACUGAUAUUGCCUUAAUUCUAAUCGUAAUGUUUUGCAUAUUCUAUCUCUGUUGGUAAAGUGAAGCUAGUUCACCAAGAAAAACACAAUAUUUGUUGCAUAUUCUGCGGAGUGUAAUUCAUAGAAGGUAUUAUUGCUUGUACGAAUCUCAAUUGGAGACCAAAUACAUACCAGAGUGUUACCGAUGACUUUGCAUCACAUUAUUAGAUCUGUUUUAUCAUUUUUAUGUAAUUUCAUAUCUCAAUUGAGAACCAUCAAAUACACACCAAAGUGAAACUGAUGACUUUGCAAAGACGUUUAAACGUACGUUUUAUCAUGUUGCUUUUAUUUACAAUUUCUCAUCUUGUGAAAUUACAAUACUCUGUACAUACAGUAUAUACCAUUUAUUUAGGAAUCUAAAAUUAAUGUGUAUCAUUUUUGGAUUAAUUUCCCACAUAGUAUUUAUUGCUGCCACAUGCAUUGUUCCAAAUAUAGACUGUAUGCCCCGGUUUUGUUGGUUCAACAUUUUUUCAUUAAAUCCUUUUGUAUUUUAACCCUUAA